CCAGAAGGUUUUCGAAAGAGGGGGUUCGUUCUUGACUGGAAACUUGUCUUUUUCCAGGGCAAGGGUUUCAUUAGAGGGAUCUACGCCUGUGAGCUAACUUCAACAUCCCUUUAUAUGUUUUCUUGAGAAUUUUUGUGCUGGAAUCAAAAAUCAGUUUGGUGUUUCUAAAGCAGUCUCCUCGAGCCAGGUUUGGUACGUUUAGCACACUUAUCCAGGAGUUUGGCAUGACUCGUAGUGAAGCUGAUCACUCUGUGUUUUAUCGGCAUUUAUCUCGGCAUUUAUCUGGUGGUCUAUGUUGAUGAUAAUGUUAUUACCGGCAAUGAUCAGCAUGAUAUUACUCAAUUGAAGCAACAUCUCUUUCAACACUUACAGACUAAGGAUCAGGAUCUUGGCAGAUUAAAGUAUUUUCUGGUUAUUGAGGUCGCCAAGUCUAGCUCAGGUAUUGUGAUCUCACGACGGAAGUAUACCUUAGACAUUCUUGAGGAGACAGGAAUGAGAUGCUGUAGGCAUGUUGACAAUCCGAUUGAUCUGAAUUCUAAACUUCUGCCAGGACAAGGGGAGCCGCUUAGCGAUCCUGCAAGAUAUAGGCGGUUGGUUGGUAAAUUAAAUUAUCUCACAAAGACUAGACCCGAUAUUUCCUUUCCCGUGAGUGUUGUAAGUCAGUUUAUGGAUUCUGCUUGUGAUAGUCAUUGGAAUGCAGUUAUCCAUAUUUUUCGAUAUAUAAAAUUGGCUCCAGGCAGAGGGUUAUCGUUUGAGGAUCGAGGCCAUGAGCAGAUUGUUGGAUACUCAGAUGCUGAUUGGGCAGGAUCACCUUCUGAUAGACGUUCUAUUUCUGGAUAUUGUGUUUUGGUAGGAGGCAAUUUGGUGUCUUGGAAGAGCAAGAAAUAGAAUGUAGUUGCUCGGUCUAGUGCAGAAGCAGAAUAUCGAGCAAUGGCUAUGGCAACAUGUGAGCUAGUUUGAAUCAAACAAUUGCUCAAGGAGUUGAUAUUUGGUGAAAUAAUCCAAAUGGAACUUGUGUGCGAUAAUCUAGCUGCCCCUCAUAUUGCAUCAAAUCCGGUGUUUACAUGAGAGAAUUAAACACAUUGAGAUUGACUGUCACUUCGUCAGAGAAAAGAUACUCUCAGGAGAUAUUGCUCGUUGCUUAUGCAGAUCAAAAGUUGUAGUUAGAUUAUAACCUAAUAAGUUGAAUAUUCUGUUUAGGACGUGUUCUCCUCCAUCCUUAUAAUCCCUUCUUCCUUUUCAAAUAUAAUACAUUAAUCAUAAAAAAAUUUAGAGUUGGACAAUUAUGCAGGUACCUGUCUAUGAAGAACCUUCAUUUAGUAUUUCUGGAACCCCAGGAAUAGUGCAGUAUGAGAUUUUAAAUAACAGAAGGCAUGUCCUGACCAAGGAUACUGCUGGUACAGUUAAGUUGUGGGAGAUCACAAGAGGGGCUGUAAUUCAAAACUACGGAGAGGUUUCAUUUGACAAGAAAAAGGAAGAAUUAUUUGAGAUGGUAAGCAUCCCUGCAUGGUUCACCAUGGACACUAGGCUGGGAAGCCUGGCUGUACAUUUGGAUACUCCACAAUGCUUUUCUGCUGAGAUGUACUCUGCUGACCUUAACAUCCCCGGGAAACCUGAAGAUGACAAGGUUAAUUUGGCACGAGAAACACUUAAAGGGCUGUUGGUGCAUGGGUUAAUCAAAAGAAGGCAGAAAUUUGGAUCUCAACCGUCAAGCAAUGGAGAAGUCCCAUCUGGAAAAGAUGUAUCUGCAAGGAUUUUGGCUGCAUCUAGAGUGGAAGUAGACAGUGGUGCUGAUAACGAUUCUGCUGUAUUUCCUCCCUUUGAAUUUUCAGCAGUAUCUCCUCCAUCUGUCGUGACUGAGGGCUCUCAAAGUGGUCCUUGGAGGAAAAAGAUCACAGACUUGGAUGGAACUGAAGACGAGAAGGACAUGCCUUGGUGGGUUAUAGACUGUGUGAUGAACAAUCGGCUGCCUCCCAGGGAAAAUACCAAAUGUAGCUUGUAUUUGCAUCCAUGUGAAGGUUCUACAUUCCAGAUCCUUACCCAAGGCAAGCUGAGUGCACCUCGCAUAUCAAGAAUUCACAAAGUUAUCAAUUAUGUCGUAGAAAAGAUGGUUCUUGACAAGCCUUUGGAUAGUGUUAACUCGGAUGGGACUUUUACUCCUGGAAUGCAUGGAGUUACUGGAGGAGAUGGCUCAUUCCGUACUGGGCCGAAACCUUGGCAAAAGCUUAAGCCAUCUAUAGACAUUCUGUGCAAUAACCAGGUUUUAUCUCCUGAUAUGAGCUUAGCAACUGUCCGGGCCUAUAUAUGGAAGAAACCGGAAGAUCUUGUACUUAAUUACCGUGUGUUGCAGAGCAAGUGACAGGAUGGGAAGCUGUAAGGUUCAAAGUGGCUUGAGGUAAUGGAGCUCUGUCCAGACAAAAUACUUCCGUGGUUGCUUGCUGCUGGCGUUACUUAUAGCUUGUACAUCCAGGAACCAGACGGUUGGAUUCAUUUGCAAAAUCUCAAUGACAAUCCAAUUUUGCCAUUUGCCUAUUGAGUGAUGGUAAAUGGUUUUCUGGACCUGUCGGAAAAAAUAGAAAGUUUCUAUGGCAAUUAGGACAAUGCAAAGUUUAUAUAACCCGAGUUUGCAUUUGAUCUAGGUUUCAAGUUGGAUGACACAUGAGAUUAGAAGAAAUAUUAAGAGAGCGUUUGUGAUGAUGUCGAAAGCAUUGUAGAUUUGUAUCUGGUGCUAUGCAAAAGAAGGGUCCGUGUUGGUUAAUGUUGCACAAACCAGUGUAGGAACGUGAAUAAUUAAUUUGGAAAUAAAAUGUUCUUUCUGGCCAAAGUAAUAUAUGUAUUUUAUCUA